AUGGGCAGCACAGGCACGGGCAGCAAUGGGCGGCAACGGGCAGCACAGGCACGGGCAACAACGGGCGGCAACGGGCAGCACAGGCACGGGCAGCAACGGGCGGCAACGGGCAGCACAGGCAUGGGCAGCAACGGGCGGCAACAGGCAGCACAGGCACGGGCAGCAACGGGCGGCAACGGGCAGCACAGGCACAGGCAGCAACGGGCGGCAACGGGCAGCACAGGCACGGGCAGCAACGGGCGGCAACGGGCAGCACAGGCACGGGCAGCAAUGGGCGGCAACGGGCAGCACAGGCACGGGCAGCAACGGGCGGCAACGGGCAGCACAGGCACGGGCAGCAACUGGCGGCAACGGGCAGCACAGGCACAGGCAGCAAUGGGCGGCAACGGGCAGCACAGGCACGGGCAGCAAUGGGCGGCAACGGGCAGCACAGGCAUGGGCAGCAACGGGCGGCAACGGGAAGCACAGGCACGGGCAGCAACGGGCGGCAACGGGCAGCACAGGCACGGGCAGCAACGGGCGGCAACGGGCAGCACAGGCAUGGGCAGCAACGGGCGGCAACAGGCAGCACAGACACGGGCAGCAACGGGCGGCAACGGGCAGCACAGGCACAGGCAGCAACGGGCGGCAACGGGCAGCACAGGCACGGGCAGCAACGGGCAGCAACGGGCAGCAACGGGCAGCACAGGCAUGGGCAGCAAUGGGCGGCAACGGGCAGCACAGGCACGGGCAGCAACGGGCGGCAACGGGCAGCACAGGCACGGGCAGCAACUGGCGGCAACGGGCAGCACAGGCACAGGCAGCAACGGGCGGCAACGGGCAGCACAGGCACGGGCAGCAACGGGCGGCAACGGGCAGCACAAGCACGGGCAGCAACAGGCGGCAACGGGCAGCACAUGCAUGGGCAGCAACGGGCGGCAACGGGCAGCACAGGCACAAGCAGCAACGGGCGGCAACGGGCAGCACAGGCACGGGCAGCAACGGGCGGCAACGGGCAGCACAGGCACGGGCAGCAACGGGCGGCAACGGGCAGCACAAGCACGGGCAGCAACGGGCAGCAACGGGCAGCACAGGCACGGGCAGCACAGGCACGGGCAGCAACGGGCGGCAACGGGCAGCACAAGCACGGGCAGCAACGGGUAA